CCAGGAGCACCCUCAGCCACUCUGGGACUGGUUAUCACAUCAGGAUAACAACUUGAAACCCAGGUGACUUCCUCAUCAAAAAAAACCACCCCAAACCAAAAUCCAACUGGUCACUAUUAAGAGCUACUUUUGAAGGCCCAUUUUGGGAGCAGCUCCAUCCAGGCUCUGGGAGUUCCAGCACAAUGCAGAGAGCAUCGAGGCUGAAGAGGGAGCUCUCCCUCCUGACCACAGAGCCUCCCCCAGGCAUCACCUGCUGGCAACAUGAGCACCAGCUGGGCAACCUGCGGGCACAGAUUUUAGGAGGUGCAGACACACCAUAUGAGAAAGGGAUCUUCAACCUGGAAAUACUUGUUCCUGAAAGGUACCCCUUUGAGCCCCCAAAGAUUCGCUUCCUGACCCCCAUCUAUCAUCCCAACAUUGACUCUGCUGGGAGGAUUUGCCUGGAUGUUCUUAAGUUACCCCCAAAGGGUGCAUGGAGACCUUCCUUGAGCAUCUCCACACUGCUGAGCUCUGUGCAGCUGCUGAUGGCUGAGCCCAACCCCGAUGACCCUCUCAUGGCAGACAUAUCCUCAGAGUACAAAUACAACAAGCAGCUGUUUGUGCAGAAGGCCAAGGAGUGGACAGCGAGGUUCGCGAGCCAGCUGAGCAGGCCUUUGGAAGAGAAAAUAAACCAAAAGGAGACAAGUACCUGCAGGGACUCUGCUGUGGAGAAGAGGAAAGGGGGGAGUGUUGGUGAGCAGCACAAGAAGCCUCGGCUGGAUUCCUGAGUGGGUUGUGUCUUGGCAGUGGCCUUUGCCUUUGCUGUCCCUGUGCACACGAGCUCAGCUGCACAGCUCUGGCCUUUCCUUCCCCAGGGUGUCUGUGUGUGUGUGUGUGUAAAG